UAGUUCCUGCACGUACUUCAGUAAAGUAUGGUCUCUCAGGAAAAGGCAAGUUUCAAUUUACCUUCAGCACAAAACCCAGGCAUUUCCUAGGGAUUCUAUCCUCAAUGAAUCAGGUUCAUGGAUCUUUAGAGAAUGAUCUUCUCAAAUUUCGAACUCUUCCCUCUAAAGGGAAUAUCAAUGAGUUUGACAUCCUUGUGAGCGCAAUUGAAAGUUCAUUGAAAGAACAGAAAACAGAUGCCUCACCUACCGCGUAUUUGGUUGCAUUAUUGUCUCUUAUUAAGGAAAUUAAUGAUUUAAAUAAAGGAAUGCGGGUUCAGUCAUUCCAAUUACUGGAAGUCAUUGUCAAACAUGUUGCUCCUAAUGUUUUACAGGCAAAAUUACCCCAAAUUAUGUCGGUUCUCGUUCCUAUUGUGAACAGAGAAGAACCUAACAAGGUCUUUUUUGUUCACUAUCUAAAUGUCAUUGAGCGACUUUUAAUUACUCAGGAUUACAGCUCUUGGGUUAAGGGCGAUUCUUGUAAAACUGCAACUUACAUCCUUCUCUUUUUUGCAUUGUCGACUUCUGAAAAGCCUAGAUCUCGUGCAUUACAAGUCCUUGCAAAGGUUUUAAAAUCACCACCUCCAGGCCCUGUUUUUGAGCAUCCGGCUAUGAAGUACGUGACUGGUGAAUCAUUGCGUUUAUUGGAAACUCUCUCUGUUGCUAGAAAGUCAAAAACUCCUGCAGAGAUUCAACGCUUGAAUCAUGGUCUUUUACUUGUUCGCACUAUUUGUUUGUCUGCCCCUUGGCCAUCGGCACAACUUACCAGAUUGUGCAAUGUUUGCACUCAAAUCGUUGAACAACGAAGCACACAAUCGAUUUACCUGGUGUUUCAGAUAUAUGAAGGGUUGUGCAAGAAGUUCUCGGAUACUACAAACUUUGAGGGACUUCGAUUAGCUCUUAGCACUCUACAAAAGCUUCAACCUUCCGAAUAUGAUUCUCAGCUUUUGGUCCCAUGGUUGAAGGCAAUGAACAGUGCUGUUGCUUCUUUAAAUAGUCUUUCCAAGCCUGAAGCUGUGUCGGAUUGUGUAACUAGAUUCUCCCGCGUAUUUACUUUACUUGAGUCGGAUUCCGUCGAAGUACGCUUAGAGGCAGCUAAUACAUUAUCCACCAUAGUAUCUUGCUUAGACGAUUCACCAGGAUCUCUUUCUAUUGCAUCUCAACUUUGUAAUCAUCUAUGUGAAGCUCUCAAGAGUGUUCAUUAUCGCUUUGCGUAUCCCGAGUGUUUUCAAAUCAUCUCUCGAUUGUGUGAAACCAUCGGAAAGCAAAGUGAUCCUGUUUUAAUUUCUGCUUUGAGACUUAUUGAUUAUCUACGUGGUGCUGAAACAUUUGAUGGAAAGGUUUUAGCAGAUGAGGUUAUAGGUACUUUUAUUCGCGUGCUUGGACCAGAAGCUGUUCUGAACGUAAUUCCUUUGAACUUGGAGAUGCAAACAGCCAAUGCUGUUGGUCGUGCUUGGCUUCUUCCGGUUUUGCGAGAUAACAUUAUGUUUACAAACCUUUCUCAUUUUACCAACUACUUCAUUCCCCUUAGUGGAACCCUUUACCAAAAGGUAUUAGAUAUGGAGGAUCUUGAUAGUGUUCCCGCUAAGUUGUACCAAACACUUGUUGAUCAGAUAUGGGCGUUAUUACCUGGUUAUUGCUAUCUUCCAGUCGAUUUACAAUUAGCAUUCACCAAUGACUUCGCUGGUGUUCUCGUGAAUGUCUUAUACGAGCAAGUUAGUCUUCGCUCGACAAUUUGCAAUAGUUUAACAUUGUUAGUUGAAACCAACCAUAAAGUCGCGAAUAAUGUUCCUCUUGAGGAUGGUGUUCCUGUUCCGUUAGAGGCUCAAGAAGCUAUAAGCAACUUGCAAUUUUUGGGUAAUAUUGCUUCCAACUUUCUUUCUGUCUUGUUGAAUGUCUUCUCGUCUACUGCUUCUCAAUUCCGUUACCCUAUUCUAAAGUGUAUCCAAACGUGGCUCUCUAUUUCUCCACCAGAUACAGUUUCUUCUAUUUACAGGAAGAUUACUGAUCUUCUUCCCAACAGUUUAGAUGAAUUAGCUGGCUCCUAUAAGAUUGCUGGUGAUAGUACUGCAACGCCAAUGGCUUAUUCUUUGAUGGAUUUGCUUGUUGUUUUAUCUUCUUUUUUGAAUCAAGAGUAUUGUCCAGCAUUGUUUAAUUACGUCCAGGAGUUCUUAAAUCAUCGGGAUGCGGCAAUUCAAAAGAAAGGCUAUAAAUUGUUGUCUGCUAUGUUGCGUACAGAAUUUGGAAGAGGAUACGCAAAUCUGAAUAUGGUAAAAGUCUUCGAGUUGUUGUUUAGUGUAUCUAGUCGUGUCAUUUCUUCAACUCGUAAGGAUCGCCUGGUCUGUUUAACAGAACUCUUCAAGAUUCAAUCUGACGAGCUUAAUAGUGUUAUUCCUAAGGUGCUACCGGAAGCAAUUAUUGCAACCAAAGAAGUUAACGAAAGAGCUCGUUCUGCUGCUUUCCAGCUCUUGAUGACAAUUGCUGCUUCUGCGGUGCAAUCUAAUUUAUUUGGCGAUUCUAUUCCAAUUAGAGUAGAAAAGUUUCUUUCAGUUAUUAGUGCCGGUUUAGCAGGUUCAUCUACUCAUAUGAUUAGCGCUGCUAUUAUUGCAAUUUCGAGUGUGGUUCUUGAAUACAAGGAGUAUCUUACGCAACAAUUUUUGCUUGAAUUGAUGAAUACUAUGAAUUUAUUCAUGAAAUCUGCAAAUAGAGAAAUCGCUAAAGCAGCUAUUGACUUUACCAAGAUUGCUAGCUCCACCUUGCCUUCAGAUUUCGUAAAACCACUUCUCCCCGAUCUCGUCCCUAAUCUUCUAUCCUGGUCCCACGAAAGCAAGGGUCAUUUCCGUGCCAAGGUUAAGCAUAUUCUAGAGAAGAUGGUGCGAAAAUUUGGUGUUGCAACCGUGGAGCCAUAUGUGCCGGUUGCUGACAAGAAGCUAAUUACAAACAUUCGUAAAACACAAGAGCGAAAAUUGCGUAAACGUGGCCAAAAGAAUGAAAACAAUCUCAAGCCAGCCGUGCCCCGUAAGAAUUUCGCUUCCGCUUAUGAGCAGGCUGUUUAUGACACAGACAGUGAGGAAGAAGAGGAGUAUAUGGACGAAACCAUGGAAGAUGCAAACAGCACAAGAUUGGAGAAAUCAUAUGUCAAAGAAGAUGGUGAAGAUGAACCGUUGGAUUUGCUGGAUAUUGAAGCUAUUUCUAAAAUAUCUUCCACUGAUCCCUCGCGACAGAGUAGACGUAAACAAGUGGCUCCUAGCUCUUCAUUCAAAUCAAAUGAAGAAGGUCUUUUGUUGUUUGAUGAGUCUGAAUCGGAAUCAGAUGGUGACGAGGGGCUCAUUGGUGCAAAAGAGCAUGCCGAAGUUAAUCGACAAUAUAUGGAAGCAGUUUCUGGUGAAGCUAGUUUCCAACGAGGAUUAAACAAUAAAGUUAAGUUUAGCAACAAACGUGUACGCGAUGACUUUGAUGAGGAUAUGGAAGAUGCUGAAGCAAGUAAUUCUUCGAAGAAAUCACAGCAAGCUAGGAAGACAUUCUCGAAAAACCGCGGCAAAAAACAGAAAAAGCCAAAACGAUACUAAGAAAAGAUACCUACAAUUGCUAAUCAUAUUAUCUUGAAUGAUUGGUCUUUGUUUUAGAACUACCAUGGACUUGAAUUGCUUAUUCAUAGGCCGGCAAAGAUGAUUUAUUUCCGGGUACAUUUCGGUUGGGUUUAAUACGGUUUUUUGGGUAAAGGAAUAUAUAGUUUAAUUAAAAUUAAUAGAAAAUAUUUUUGAUGGAAAUCCGUUCUCUU